ACACUUCAGCAUGUCUGCAUGAGGACUGCUGGGAAAACAAACCUCGGAUUGUCUUUAUAUAUGAAGGUGUUUCCCGUCAACGGUAUCCAGAGGAAUUCCUUCAUCAGGUUUGAAAAAAUGGGUUUCCGUGUUCGGCGCACUGCUGAACCAGCAGAACCAGAACCAGAACCUGAACCUGAACCUCAUUCUAAACCAGAACACAGGCCACAUCCUGCUCCUCCAACUCAUCAUGACUACGACAACAUGAAGAGCAAGUUCAUGAAUGAGCUGGAACAUCUUCCAUUGCCGAUGUGGGCUGUAGGUGCCAUCGUGGUGGUGGUUCUCGCCCUUGUGGCUUGUUUUACAUAUUGCAUGUUCAAGAAAUGCUUUGGCAAGAAAAAGAAAUCCAAGAAAGCUCGAGAGAGGAAGCGAGCAGCACGGAAAAAAGUCGAAGGAACUGAAGGAGAAGGUCAAGGAGAGCAAAAGGAUGAAGGGGAAAAAAAGGAGGGAGAGGAGCAAAAGGAGGAGCAUGAAAAUCUGGGAAAGCUGGAAUUCUCUUUGGAUUAUAACUUUACAGAUGCCCAGCUGAUAGUUGGGAUUCUUCAAGCUCAGGAUCUGGCUGCAAUGGAUAUCGGUGGCACGUCUGAUCCAUAUGUAAAAGUUUACCUGCUUCCAGACAAGAAGAAGAAGUUUGAAACCAAAGUCCAACGCAAAAACCUCUGCCCUGUGUUCAACGAGACCUUUAUUUUCAAGAUUCCCUAUGCUGAGUUGGGUGGUAAAACUUUGGUGCUUCAGGUGUUUGAUUUCGAUCGGUUCGGUAAACACGAUGUGAUUGGCCAGAUAAAGAUUCCCAUGAACUGCGUGGAUCUUGCUCAGCCGCUGCAUGAAUGGAGGGAACUCGAAAAUGGAGAGAAGGAGGAGGAGAAACUCGGAGACGUUUGUAUUUCUUUGCGUUAUGUGCCAACUGCUGGUAAACUCACAGUCAACAUAAUGGAAGCCAAAAAUCUUAAGAAGAUGGAUGUGGGUGGUUUAUCAGAUCCGUAUGUGAAGAUUGUGUUGCAGCAUAAUGGAAAGCGUCUUAAAAAGAAGAAGACGACCGUUAAAAAGAACACCCUGAACCCAUACUUCAAUGAGAGCUUUAGCUUUGAGGUCCCAUUCGAACAGAUUCAGAAAGUCCAGCUCCUCAUCACUGUGUAUGAUUACGACAAGUUGGGCAGCAAUGAUCCUAUUGGCAAAACCUUUAUUGGAUACGGAGCCACCGGUGUCGGUUUACGCCACUGGUCGGACAUGCUUGCUAAUCCCCGCCGUCCAGUGGCCCAGUGGCACACACUUCAACCAGAAGAGGAGGUGGAAGCUGCUCUGAAGGCGCCACACCGCUAACCAUCGCCAUGGUAACAAGCGGGUAAUAUACCUUAGAGUAAACAGUCACAACCAGGGCAACAGUGAAUCAUCCACCUACUGAGCAACUUAGUAAACGGCGCUGAUACUGCAUGCAUCCGCUUUACUAGCAUGACCAGUGAUGUUACAUGCAAGCUUAGCAUUGCAUAGAGUUAUAGUUUCAUGCUUGAUGUUUUCUCUCCCAGGGUUAUUUUGUGUUAUGUGAAGAUCGUCAUGAGUUGUAUUUCUAAAUGCAUGUGUUUUGUUCGGAGUAGACGUGUUUUCUUUAUGAUCACUCUGCAUGGUUCUGUAGGUUAUUUCUGUGUUGAAGACGUGAUGGUAUGUUGUUGAUUUUGGCGAGAGCUGAAUCGGUACAGAUUGGUGGUGUGUCUAUGAGUACUGGCAAAUAUAAAACGAGAUUAAAAUCUGCAUUUAAUGUGUAGCUAUGCAAAUGACAACGGUUAUAUUUCUAUAAAUGAAUUGCUAUUGUCAUAUAACUGAAAUUAUUUUGUUCCACUUUUGUAUUCCCGAGGCUAAAGUCACUUUGUGUUUGCAAGUAUGAAUCAGAUUAAACAGAUGUAUAAUUUC